UAUCUCUGGUAAAACUGGCAUUCGGAUCACUGACCGGAAGAAGUUGGUUUCUCUUCUCUACUUUCACUAUCGUUUCUCUCAGUCUCAUGUCGUUCGAUGAUGAUGGUAACUUUGAACUGUCGCGGUUGUUUGUAAAGAUCCAAACUGCAAUCAAAUAGCCUAUUUAUUUUUUAAGUAUGGCAUAAGUGCACAGAGUACAUUUUUAGGACGAAGUAGAAAAGAUACAAGAACUCUAGAUCUAGAGUAGAGUCUUGUGAAAUCAUUUUUCACCAUGGCACAAGAAUUUUGUAUGGAAGUCCUGUCUUUGAGAGAGGAUGUCUCCAAAGCUGAGCUGAUUCGUUCCAGAAAAUCUAUUUCUUGCUCGAAGGACAAUCAUUUGGUCUUGUGUGGAGCUAGCACAAUCUUCAUCAUUGAGAUGACUGUGUCUACUGAUUCAAGUCCAGAAAAUGAAGUUUUGUCUGUGAGAAUGUGUACAACACCUCAAAUUACAUCACUUGAACGAUUUUCGUUUCCGGAAGGAUUGCUGAAUGCGGAAAUUUCUUGUAAACAUAUUUCAGAAGAGCAUCGACAGCAGCUGAUCAUUGAUCCGUCGUUGUACGCUGAAUUCUUCAUAGCUUCCCAUAACUCGGACCUCUUCGUCCGUGCAUUGCCAUCACCAACAACAUGCAACUCAAGUGACAGACCCUUGUUGGCAGCUCUUACUCAGAAUCAUAGAAUCAUCUUUUAUGAGGAAGGAGUUCAAGAGUGGGUACAGGUGGUUGAAAUGAGCGACCUAAUUAAGGCCCACAUGUUGUCCGGUGUGAAGACUCCGAUUGUCCUGGGCAAACGUAUGAGUUUUGAGGAGUACGUCAACCUGGCCUACGGGAUGAGCACAACUGAGAUGGCGUGGUCUUCUGUGUUCUGUCCAGAGGAGAGCUCUGACGGGUCCUUUUAUCUCUUCUUCACCGGGAUGAGGAACGGCCUCGUCCAUGUCUGGAAAAUUUCCACUUCUCUUGGCACGAGGCUUACUGGCCGUUGGUCAGCUGAACGGCUCCCUCUAUGUGCUGGACGUCCGCUGGGAGGAGAAUGACCCCGGUCAACUGAAGCUGGAUCAACUUUUUUCCGACGAACGAGCCGACGACCUCCCAGUGUCCAGCCUCGACUGGUCUCGGGUAGACCAGGACACAACAGCCCUGGUGGCGUGCAAGGAGUACUAUGUGUUGAUGUACGCGUACAGUCACAGUGGACGUACGGCAACGUUCUGCUCCCAUGAACGUCUGGACUGUAGCCUCCCCCUGCAAGGGAUUUCCCUCCACAACGGCCGAGGUGUGAUCUCCUCUCUAGACAGUCACCUGUAUGGGGUCAACUGUUGCAAACAUGCAGACAAGGUGAAGAUGUCGGUGUUCAAGAUGAAACCGCUGGCCUUGCCCUUGUUUGCGGAGAUCGAGUUCCUCUGCUACGGCUGUACGAUGUCGGCCAAUGGAAUGUUUGCGUUAUCUGUACACAGACCAAAUCGGAAUCUUCCGCGAGGCUCCAAAAAGAUGCUGAUUGACACAUAUAAGGUCACUCUGACAAUGCCGUUUUCCUUCUCCAAGUCCGUUGUCUCCAGCCUGACCACGACAGCUCCUGAGUCCUCGGUGGCGGAUAUCUUGAUCUGUCUGCGACAGCACGUGCGAGAUCUGGCGGACAGCGAGGACAAGGACGACCUCAGGACAUUGUACCAGACGCUCCGCGCCUCCGAUGACCUCAGAGUUCUACAGGUGCUCAGAGAUAUGCUGACGUACACUGGCCAGUUUUACAGAAGAAGGAGGAAGCAGGAGCUGGAGUGGGUGAAGGAAGCGUCGGCAACAAUCUUCACACAGCUUCUCCUCAGAUACGUCACAGACUGCUACAGCAAGCUGCCACUAUCACCUUCACCUCAAGAUCUGACCGUUCUGAACGCCAUGAGACUUUGGGCGUCCGGCUGCGGUCUGGAGUCCUCGGUCCCCGCCGGACUUGUCAAGCUAGACCAGAAGUUCUCCCAAGUUCGAGAAAUCCCAGUGGAAACAUGCUCCGUUUGUGGCGGAAAUUUACAAGUGGACAACCAUUUGCUGUCCAAGUGUUCAAAAGGUCAUAAAGUCC